UUUACGUAUGACACAAAACCUUUAAAACUAUUCGAGUCAAAUAAAAAUCCAAUUAAAGUUACUUUAACAAUUAAUAAUAUUUAAGAUUUUCUGCUAAAACGUUCUACAUUUUCGGUUGUUGUUGUAAAACAUGCAAUAGAGCAUACAUACAUAAAAUUAUAGUUUGGCAAAAGGAAGAUUUUUGAUUGCAAUGUCAUCGACACAGCACAUCAUGAAAGUUUAAGAGCUCCAUGGGUGUCCUUAGAUUAGACAGCCAUUACAGAAAUGAGUGCACUAAUUACACCGGGAAUCAGGGUCGUUCGAGGACCAAAUUGGAUAUGGCAAAAUCAAGAUGAGGGAGAAGGACAUAUUGGAACAGUAUGUGAGAUUGGGCGUUUGGGAUCUAUGCAGUCUCCAGAAAAUACUGUGGUUGUCAAUUGGGAUUCUGGCCAUAGAACAAACUAUCGUGUGGGCUAUCAAAACCAGUUUGAUCUAUUGAUAGUGGAUAACGCACAAGUCGGCGUACGUCAUUCAAAUGUGGUUUGCGAUGGUUGUUCCAAGGGAGGCAUUGCUGGAAUUGUGUUUAAAUGUGAACAGUGUUCAAAUUAUCACUUAUGUUCGUACUGCUAUGGUGCUGAUUUGCAUGAAAAAGAUCAUGCAUUUAUAAGAUAUACAACACCAACGUCGGUGGGAGUUCGUGUUCCCCCCCGAGAGGGAUGUAAGCGUAUUCAAUUAAAAGGCAUAUUUGUGGGUGCAAAAGUGGUUCGUGGUCCCGAUUGGGAGUGGGGCCAACAAGAUGGUGGAGAAGGAAAGUGUGGACGGGUUAUGGAAAUCCGUGGCUGGGAUAAUGAGUCUUGUCGAAGUGUAGCGAAUGUUUCUUGGACAACUGGAUCGACAAAUGUCUAUCGAUUGGGGCACAAAGGCAACGUAGAUUUGAAAUACGUGGUUCCAGCUACUGGAGGAUAUUAUUACAAAGAUCAUAUGCCAGUACUUGGUCAAUUGGAGGAGCAGCAACCAGUCGUGGCUACGGUGAAGCCUAUGUUUUCGGUGGGCGAUCGAGUGAAAGUGUGCUUGGAUGUGGAUGCUCUUGUGAAGCUGCAACAGGGCCAUGGCGGAUGGAAUCCUCGUAUGGCGGAACACCUACCAAAGACGGGUACAGUUCAUAGAAUAACAGAGAAAGGUGAUAUUAGAGUACAAUAUGAGAACUGCCCAAAUCGCUGGACCUUUCAUCCAACUGCAUUGGUAAAAGUAGUUUCCUUUAGAGUUGGUGAUUUGGUUACAAUAAUCAAUGACUCAGCCAAGGUACAGCAGCUGCAAAAAGGUCAUGGAGAAUGGAUAGAACUUAUGCGAUAUGCAUUGGGAAAGCUUUGCAAGGUGGUAAAAGUAUACUCGGAUGGUGAUUUGCGCUUAGAGCAACUGGACGACGGAUUCGAAUGGACACUUAAUCCAAAAUGUGUCAAAUUGGAGAGGUCACCCAUCGCUACUGCUGCUGAAAGGUCGAACAGCAUGAUGGAUCUUAGCAAUAGACGCACCGAUCAUGUAAUGACUCCAUUAUCUGGUUUGUCAGGAACAUCCAUGGCCGAUAAAUUGGUACGGGAAGCUGCUCAAGGUCACUACGAUUUCGUAAAACAUUACCUUGAAGCACAUCCAGACCAUUUGAAUUUUAUGAGUGGCGGAAAAACUGCUAUCCAAGUUGCAGCCCAUCAGGGAUUUGUGCAAAUUGUAAAACUCCUAAUUUCGAAAGGAGCAAAUGUCAAUGUGGUUGACAAGGAGGGAGACUCGGCAUUGCAUUACGCAGCAUUUGGCAACCAACCCGAAACUAUGAGAAUAUUGCUGCAGAAUGGCGCUGAUAUAAAUUUCCUAAACUCCAGUCAUUGCACGGCUCUGCAUAUUUGUGCCCACAAGAAGACGCCACAUUGCGUUCGGGAACUGCUGAAUCAUAACGUUGAUGUCAAUAUCCAAGAUUCAUAUGGUGACACUGCUCUGCACGAUGCUAUUGGGAAGGAAAACUCGGAGGUUGUAGAACUCUUAUGCAAUGCUCCAAAUCUGGAUUUUACCGUAAAGAACAAUCGAGGAUUCAAUGUCCUUCAUCAUGCUGCACUUAAGGGAAAUGUUGUUGCAACACGGCGUAUUCUUCAAUUAGCUCGCCAAUUGGUGAAUGUCAAAAAGGAUGAUGGUUUUGCAGCUAUGCAUUUAGCCGCACUCAAUGGCCACGCGCAAGUUGUUGAGGCCCUAAUAAAGGAAGGUCAGGCGGAUAUCAAUAUAAGAAAUAAUCGUCGGCAAACUCCCUUCCUUUUGGCAGUUUCCCAAGGCCAUGUCGCAGCUAUAGAAAAGCUUAUAAAGCUGGGCUGUGAUGUUACUGCACGGGAUGAAGAUGGCGACAAUGCCUUGUACUUGUGUGUUGUUAAGAAGAACAACUUAUUGCAGGCCACUGAGCCAACACUGGCCGACUCACCAGAUAUCUUUAAAAUUUAUGAAAGCAUGUCACACAUCAACGAGGACCGCCUUAUGUAUACUCUGCUAUGCUAUUUUUCUCGAUGUGGUUGUCAAAUAGAAAACAACAACAGAGGUGUGAAUAUAUUCGAGUGGAUAACUGAUACGAACUUGCAACAGUUGAUUUUGGGAAACCAACGUCCGAAACCGCUUCCCGAAAUGCUAAAUUCCAACUUGCCAGCAGCUCAAAACGUUAAUAUACCUUCCAUUCAACAAUUAUCUCAUAACAUACAACUGUUGAAUUUCGAAGGCAAUACAGAGGAAAGUGCCUCAUCAGGCGCUAUGGAUGUAGCUGUGGACAAUGCAACCACAUCAACAUCAACAUCAUCGGUAAAUAAACCAACAGCGCAAAGUGCAAUUCCCAACAAACCCCAUACUCAGAACGCUACUAGCGAAGAGCUAGGCAAUCCAAAUAAUUCUAAUUUUAACAUAUUGAGUCCCGGAACAACAGACAACUCAUCCCCACAUAAUUCGCAAGUUCCAUCGCCGCCUAUUUCAAACAUUUCACCAACCGUUCCCCAAGCGUGCAUAGUGUGCGACGAAGUUUUACAGCUGAUUAUAUUCGAACCAUGUCACCACCAGAUUUCAUGCCUGGACUGUGGCAAACGCAUGAAAAAGUGCCUUCGUUGUGGUACUCACAUCGAGAGAAGAUUUGAUGUUGGCGGACGAGACUUGUCGAAUGCCGAUUCGAGCAACCUACCCGCAGUAGAACGGCUACGCUAUUUGGAGAAUAAGAUUUUAGAAUAUGAGGAGACACACUACUGCAGUAUUUGCAUGGAAAGAACUCGCGACGUUGCUUUUCUUUGCGGCCAUGGCUCAUGCUCCAGAUGUGCAGAGACAUUGCGGACAUGUCAUAUGUGUCGCAAAACCAUUCUUAAGAAGAUUAAUCUUUAUUAAACACAAUAUAUAAAUGGCGUAUUCUGUAAAUAAGUGGCAUCACACCCUCGAAAGAAACAAGCAAACAAACAAAUAACCCAAUCCCAAUCAACCAACAAAAAGAAUCAAUUAUGUAGAUCAAGAUUACUAAUCAUAAUUACAUUAAAAAAAAGCAUGAUUUAAAAUUAUUGUAUUUAAAAUUACUUACGAAACAUUAAAUAAAAUCUCUCGUUCGUCCUCUGCACGAUCGAUAAUUGUAAA